AAAACAUCGAUUUAAAUUGUUAGUAAGCCAAAAAUGUUUAAAUAUUUGGCGGGAAUCUUCGCCAAGCCGCGCAAUGACUACGUGGAUGGUCGCCUAACCACGCCGCUAGCCAAAAAGCUGGCGGUCAGCCGUCCUCCGCAGCCCAGGAUUUCCCUAAAGACCAUCAUGAACGGAUGCAGGAUGAAGAAAAAUUCCCAAGUGCAGCGAUCCCCCCGGAAAUGCCAUAAUUUUCAGCUGGAUCCCAUCAGCUACAUAGUUGAUGUGGCGGCGGACUCCUCCUCGUCCCUCGAUGAGAAGGAGAAGAGCAUUCCGGAAUUAAUAAGCGAUCUCGAGACAAAACCACUGGAGGAUCAGGAUAAGGAGGAAUGCGGGGGAAUGUGGCCCGUUCCACCGCCAGUUAGUCGAGUUCAAAGUUGGACAGGUCCCUUCAAUGCCAAACCCUUCAAUAACCAAGAUGAUCUAUCCAUCGACAAGGAUGAGGAUCCCAUGGGCUGGGAGAUGGUAUGGCUGCCGGAGGAAUAUUGGUCAGCGGACUCGGAACCAGAGGUCACCAAAAAAUAAAAUAAAAUAUCAGG